UCCAGCUUUCAACUCGCAAAACCUCUCAAGAUCGUUAUAUGUACGGUACGCGUGUUACGUAUGAAUAGCAAUUUUACAACUAAUGCGACUCAAUCGGGACGGCAUGAAUGAAGAGGACAUAUGGUCGACCUGACUGAGGGGAAAGGCUUCCCAAUCCCCAUCUUCAAUUUGCAACCGCUGCAUUCUUGAAAAUAUCUUCUUGCUCGUCAAAGUUCAAACCCUCUUCUUUCUUUUUUUUCUUUCCCCUUUAUGGAAUUGAAGAAGAGGAGAUGAAGAUGCUUGAUGGUUUAUGUCUAUCCGAAUCCGCCAUUGGAGCUCUGUCUUUUGUAAACUACACCCACAGUCCAUUAUACCUUCGUGGGUUUCCGAUACUGCGGAAACCCAUUGUCGCAAUUGCGCCAAGGAGAAAGAAGCUGGACAGAGUUAUAACGAGAAGCGCUUUAAGUGAUGGCGGUGGCGUUGUUCUUGAUCAAGAGUUUGAAUUUAAGCCUUCGUUUGAUGAGUAUUUGAAGGCCUUGGAAACUGUUAAGAUUGAUAGAGAUAAUAAUGGUGAUCGUAGUAACAACAAUGAUAGGAAAAAGAAGAGUAUAAAGAAAAUUGUUCGAGAAGAAGAGAAUGGCAACGAUGAGGUGACUGCUGUUCAAGAAAAUUCAAGAAAGCGUGUUCUUCACAAGAAAAGUGCAUUCGUUCAAGAAGAUUCAAGAAAGGAUGUUUUUCGCCGGGAAAUUGCUUUGGAAGUGGUUAAGAAGAAGCAGGAUAAAAAUACCAAGAGUCUUACUCGGAAGAAAAGUGAUAGCACGGAGGGUAAAUUCUUGGAUUUGGAAAGAGCUGCAUUUAAGUCACUGGAGUGUGAAGAUAAUAUCGUCGACAAGCCAAGAAUUUCAAGGGUAGACAUGGAGGAGAGAAUUCAGAAGCUUGCUAAGUGUUUGAAUGGUGCAGACAUUGACAUGCCAGAGUGGAAAUUCUCUGAAAUGAUGCGAAGUGCUCAAAUAAGAUUUUCAGAUCAUUCUAUUUUGAGGACUGUCCAGAUAUUGGGUAAGUUUGGAAACUGGAGGCGGGUGCUCCAAGUCAUUGAAUGGAUGCAGUCACGUGAGCGCUUCAAGUCCCACAGGAUACGACAUAUUUAUACUGCUGCACUGGAUGCUCUUGGAAAAGCUAGAAGGCCAGUGGAGGCUCUCAAUCUCUUUCGGACAAUGCAGGAGCAAAUGGCUUCCUACCCUGACAUUGUGGCUUAUCAUUGUAUUGCUGUCACUCUUGGACAAGCUGGGCAUAUGAAGGAACUAUUUGAUGUGAUUGAUAGCAUGAGGUCUCCUCCCAAAAAGAAGUUCAAAACUGACUUUCUUGAGAAGUGGGAUCCACGAUUAGAACCCGAUGUAAUUGUCUACAAUGCUGUCCUUAAUGCUUGUGUUCGGCGUAAGAAAUGGGAAGGAGCUUUUUGGGUCCUCCAGCAGCUAAGCCAACAAGGUCAACAACCUUCAAGCACAACCUAUGGGCUGGUUAUGGAGGUGAUGUUGGCAUGUGGCAAGUAUAACUUGGUUCAUGAUUUUUUCAAGAAAGUGCAGAAAUCAUAUAUACCAAAUGCUUUGAUUUAUAAAGUUCUUGUGAAUGCUUUAUGGAGGGAAGGCAAAAUUGAUGAGGCCAUAAUGGCUGUUGAAGAAAUGGAGAAAAAAGGAAUAGUUGGUAAUGCUGGUCUAUACUAUGACCUUGCUCGAUGCCUUUGUAGUGCUGGAAGGUGCCAUGAGGCACUAAAACAAAUUGACAAGAUAUGCAAAGUUGCAAAUAAACCACUUGUGGUAACUUACACUGGUUUAAUUCAAGCAUGUGUGGACGCUGGCGAUGUUGGUAAUGGGGCUUAUAUCUUUAAUCAUAUGCAGAAGUUUUGCUCACCCAAUCUCAUAACAUGUAACAUAAUGCUGAAAGCUUUUCUUGACCAUGGGAUGUUUGAAGAAGCGAAACAGUUAUUUCUAAGUUUAUUGGAAAAUGGCAACUUAAUUCGCCAUGAAGAAGAUUAUAAAGUUAGGGUUAUACCAGAUAUCUAUUCGUUCAAUACAAUGUUAGAUGCUUGUGCUUUGGAGCAAAAGUGGGAUGAUCUCGAGUUUGUAUAUGCCCAAAUGCUGAAAUAUGGUCACCACUUCAAUGCAAAACGUCAUCUUCGGCUAGUACUGGAUGCUUGCCGUGCUGGAAAGGUGGAGCUAUUGGAAAUGACGUGGAAACACUUGGUUGAAACUGAAAGGAUUCCACCAUCUCUGCUUGUCAUGGAAAUGUUUUGCACGAGACUGGAGCAGGGUGAUUAUACUGCUGCAGUCUCUUACUUGACUAACUUUGCUUCUGUGGAGUCUCAGGUGUUUUCCCGAAAAUCUUGGUCGAAAAUUUUCAUUGAAAAUGGCCACCGGUUUGAGGAGGGUACCCUCGAUGCGUUGGUGCAUGAGGUGAGCGUUUCCCUCGCCGAGAGUGAAAACGUUCCACUUGAGCAUCUGAUUGACUCUUGUAGAGAAUACUUAAGCAGCCGAAGAACAUCAACUGAUCCCAAGCAAACUGAAAUAGCAUGUAAAAUUCAAGAAGUUGCUGCUGUAUUGUGAAACCCAUGUAAAAUUUGUGUACUACAGCUAGCUGUUGAAGAUUGCUGGCUCUUACAGAUGUAGUUAACGUUGUCCCGGCAAGUAGACGCUGAUAAUGGGGAAGUCAUCUCAGAUUAUCCAAAAGAAAGAAGAUGUGCUGAAGUUAGUUGCUAACGAGAAAAACCUUGAGCAGCAGCACCGCAUUGUCUUAUGGUAAGGGCCGAUGGGCCAUGGAGCUGCCGACACGUGGGCCAUCCGUCGAGAGAAAAUAGGUGUUUGUAAUUUUGAAGUGAUUGGGACAUUAAUAACAAAAAGUUGCUCGAAAUGAAUGGCAUUGGCUGCUGGGCUCCCACAUUAAGUUGACCGCAAUUCCGGAGGUUGAAUGAAUCAUUGGACGUGCAUAUGAUUUCCAUUUCCUCCUUAAACAAUAUAUACGUCAACGUGCUUCCUUCCUACUUUACAUA